AUGAACCACUCUCACGACAACAUACCGCACAAGACGUCGGCCAAGUGCAAGUACCAGCACCAGUUUGCCAAUCAGAUCCUCUACUGCCGGGCCUGUUUUGAGCGCGGCGAGGAGGUGCCCGUCACGCCGCGCUCCUACGGCGCCGGAGAGAGCACCUGGGUGGGCAUUGCCAAGUACGCCUGGGCGGGCUACGUCCUCGAGUGUCGCUUCUGCGGCAUCAUCUACCGCAGUCGGCAGUACUGGUACGGCAACAAGGACCCCACCGAGCAGUCGGUCGCCAGGACGGAGAUUCUCCACGUCUGGGAGGGGGAGGCCCUGCAGAACACGCAGGCGGCGGUGAACGCCGCGCAGAAGGUCAUCGACGGCGUCAGCUACCUGACGGAGACGGUGGGCACGAUCAGCGCCAAGCCGACGAAGAUGCUGGGCAGCUGGGUCACCGACCAGAUCAACCCCAGCUACUGGGUGCCCAAUGCCCGCAUUCAGCACUGCGGCAAGUGCGAGAAGAACUUUGAGCCACUCGAACAGAAGCAUCACUGCCGACGAUGCGGCGGCGGCUUUUGCGAGGACUGCAGCUCCAAAUACCAGCCCGUGCCGGAGAAUGGCUGGGGCGACCACCCGGUGCGAGUCUGCGACCCCUGCUUUGAGAAGGGCCAACGCUACCCGAACAACUUCAACGGCGACGUGACGGUGCGAAAGGUGGCCGAGGCGGCGCAGACCACCUUCGGCUCGGUCCUCUCCACCAUCGACUAUUCACUGGGCUGGAUCAAGGACACCGCCCGGCCGGAGUACUGGAUUCCGGACAAGGACUGCACGCACUGCAUCGGCUGCAAGACCGAGUUCACCGAGAAGCUGCCCAUCCACCACUGUCGCGCCUGUGGCCAGGGCGUCUGCGACGGCUGCUCGCAGCAGCGCAA